AUGACUCUCAAUUCUCGUUCAAAUAAUGAUUUCACACCUACAGAUGAUGAACUUAUCCGAUCAUUCCUCUACAAUAGAAUUCACAAUAAUCCAGUGCCCAACUAUAUCACCAUUCUCGACUAUGAAUUGUUUGGUAUCGUAAAGAAUCCUUGGGAGAUUUGGGAAGAGUUUGCACCUUCUCACUCAUAUUGUGGAAAAGACCUAUAUUUCUUCACUACCUUAAAGAAGAAAUCUGCCACUAGUAAACGCUUGAUUCGUACUAUUGGAAGUGGUACGUGGGAAGGUGAAGACACCGGAAAAGGAAUAGUUGCCAAAGAGACUAACAAAGUCUUAGGUAUAAAAAAACGUUUUCGCUUUGGGAAGAGUAACACUUUCCAUGACGGUGCAUGGAUCUUGCAUGAAUAUAACCUUGACAAAUCUUUGAUUAACAAUACUUUGGCCAACAACUAUGUUCUGUGCAGAUUUAGAAAGAAUUUGAAAAUCAAUCAACACCAAUCCAAUUCUCACUUAAUGAAUAGCAUUGGCAUACCAAGAAUUAAUGUUGAACUAGAUGGGCAAGGAAAGACGGUUGUUCCCGGACAUGCGGAAAACGACAUAUCUGAGAACAAUAAUGUUUGGUUGGAGAAAAAUAUUGACCAAAAUUCAAGAAAUCAACUUGAUGGUGGAAAUAUCAAGACCGAUGUGGUUAAAAGUCUCAAACCAAUUGAUUCCAAAUUUAACAAAGAAGAUGAUGAUCACAUUAGGAACGGAGAAGAAGAUGGUGGUGUCAUUAUGUCUUGGCCUGAGCUUUUUUCGCAGGAACUGAGAGAGAAGAAUGAAGGAAGCUUAAUCGAAGAAGAGGAAGUUCAAAUGCUUCCCAAUAAUUUUUAUAAGGAACUGUUGUUGGAAAGUAUUAAGUUUGAGUAA